UUCUUUUUUCUUUUUAUAGAUUUAUAGAUAUACACAUAAAUAGAUUUUAAUUUCAUAUUGUUUCUGAGAAUAUUAAGCAAUUGAACAAAUAUUCAAUACAUGCAUAACCUAACACUGGGAUUUUAAAUUGUGGGCCUUACAUCAUGCCACAUGGAGCUUCAGCUGCCCAGCCAAGCACUAAGGAGAAUGUUGAUCCAUUCACAAGAAAAUCUUCUGUAAAAAAAAUAGUCAAAAGUCAAAAGAAGCAGCAAGGUUCGUCUAGAUUUAAAACAACACCUGUUGCUGAAUUACAGCCACUCACUUUAUUGAAAGAUGCUCCAGCACAAGAAAGACAAGAGUUGUUUAUUAAAAAACUUCAACAGUGUUGUACAGUUUUUGAUUUUAUGGACCCUGUUGGUGAUUUGAGAGGUAAGGAGGUAAAGAGAGGCACUUUAAAUGAGUUGGUUGAUUACAUUACAUCAGAACGUGGAGUUUUGACUGAACCUGUCUAUCCUGAAAUUGUUAGAAUGGUUGCAAAUAAUUGUUUUAGAACAUUACCACCUUCAGAUAAUCCUGAUUUUGAUCCUGAAGAAGACGAGCCAACUCUUGAAGCUUCUUGGCCUCACCUUCAGGUGGUGUUUGAAUUUUUCCUAAGGGUGUUGGAAUCUCCAGAAUUUCAACCAACAAUUGCAAAAAAAUAUAUUGAUCAAAAAUUUGUUCUGCAACUCUUAGAACUGUUUGAUAGCGAAGAUCCGAGGGAGCGGGAAUUUUUAAAGACAGUUUUACACAGAAUAUAUGGAAAAUUUCUCGGGCUUCGGGCUUAUAUCAGAAAACAAAUUAAUCAUAUGUUUCUAAAAUUUAUAUAUGAAACAGAGCACUUUAGUGGUGUGGGAGAGUUGUUAGAAAUAUUAGGAAGUAUUAUAAAUGGGUUUGCAUUACCUCUGAAAGCAGAACACAAACAGUUUUUAUUGAAAGUUUUAAUUCCAUUACACAAAGCAAGGUGUCUUUCGUUGUACCAUGCACAGCUGGCAUAUUGUGUUGUACAAUUUUUAGAGAAAGAUUCUACACUUACUGAACCGGUGAUAAUGGGUUUGUUAAAGUAUUGGCCUAAAACAUGCAGUCAAAAAGAGGUAAUGUUUUUGGGUGAAAUUGAAGAAAUAUUAGAUGCUAUUGAAGCAAGUCAGUUUCAAAAAGUUAUGGAACCACUUUUUAAAAAAAUUUCAAAAUGCGUCUCUAGUCCUCAUUUCCAGGUGGCUGAAAGAGCUCUUUAUUUCUGGAACAAUGAAUACAUUAUGAGUUUAAUUGAUGAAAAUUCAGCAGUUAUACUACCAAUAAUGUUUUCAUGUCUGUACCGAAUAUCUAAAGAUCACUGGAACCAAACAAUUGUCGCACUUGUUUACAAUGUUUUAAAAUCGUUUAUGGAAAUGAACAGCAAGUUGUUUGAUGAUUUGACGGCGUCUUAUAAAGCUGACAGACAAAAGGAGAAGAAAAAAGAAAGGGAUCGAGAUGACUUGUGGAAACGAUUAGACAAACUUAAGUUAGAAAAGACUGGUAAUAGCAGUGAGCCUGGAACAUAAUGCUACCUCUUUAUUUAGAAUUUUUUUUGUUCUUGUUAGCGUCAGGAGCAGGCUUCGCAAGAUUGUUUCAAGUCCAUUGUACAUUUAGCAUAUUCGUUUUUUAAUGAAUGAACAUUUAAUUUAAUCUCUAAUUUUGUACAACUUAUCUUCGUGCGUCUACUUUUGUACAUUUUAUCGAGAGUCGAGAUAAUUAGUCCUUUACAAUAGUAAAUUACCAAUGAGCGCCAUUUUAUUUUGUUCGUGAAAGUAUAAUUUAAAUUUUUAUAUUAAUCUAUUCUAUGAAGCAAGAGAUUCACGACUUAAUUUUGUACAUAGCAUCGAUUAGGCUAUAUACUCAAUUGUUUUUUUUAUUUGCAUAUCAGUUGUAUUGUACGGUGGUCGAAAAAUAAGCCAAGUUUAUGAA